AUGACGUCUGAAAAUAAUGGAAAUCACCUGCGGCACAGCUGCGUUUCACCGGACAGAAAGUCCCGACAUAUAGCAACACACCGCAACAGCAUGUAUGUGUCAUGUCAAAUGCAUACCCUUGUUUGUUUCGAUCCGGUGAAACGCUCCGUUGAAAUGAACGCAUCGCAUCGCCACAUCGGACCACGAACCGCAUUGUUUUUAAUAUUUUACAUUGUAUUUACCGCAAGCCAAACACCUUCCGUUACAGCCAACAGUAUUGAGCGACAUCCCGAAUUGGAAUUUUGUGAAAUGAAUACAGAUUUAAAAAGUGUGAUAUUCUCUCCAUGUACCACAACCAUUGGAUCACUUGAACAGAUGCUGGAUGAGGAUUGUCAAGAAGAAUAUUCUUAUGACCUAUGUUCCGACACAGCUCUGAUGCGUUUAUUUGUAGAGGGUCAGGUUAGAAAAAUGCGAAAUAAAUACUAUUAUAGACUAUAUGAAGAAGAACGUGGUCUAUUGGAAUAUUUUAAUACAAGUUUGCCAACACAAGCCUCUUUAAAUGUUUCAAAAACAUACGAAGAUUUACAGGAAUAUUUUAUAGCUCUGACAUGUGCGGGAAAAGCUAUGGACGAUCACAAAUUGUACGUAACUAUGUCAGAUAGUAAUGUGCUGUGUGACGUGCUUCAAGUGACGAAUCAACUUCUAUGUAACAUCGAUAGCGCUGGGGAAGUCAUCUUCAACAACAAGCGUCAUAAAGACUCUCAUUUAAAAUGCCACCAUGUAAAGAGACACGAUUCGUCCAUAAGUGAACUAUUAUUUGUAAAUGUUUUGUCAAGUUUCAGAAGUUAUCUGCUCUCUAUGAAAGUUAGGUGCAAUGCUCAGAAUGUUUGUGACGACGACUACUAA